AUGGUCGGUUCCAUACCAAACGACAUCUUCCAGUUCUCCACAUACUCAGCCCUCAGCGCUGGCUUCAACCAAGGCCAACCACGGACCGCAGACUUGACUUCUCAUGGCACCGAUGGCAUUGGUGUUUAUGAAGAUGGAAGCCUCAUGAUUUUGAAAGACCGACAAGCAUAUGCGCUCACCAAAGAUGGCAAAGCAAACUCGGCGCCUAUGAACGCACGCCUUCCUCUUGCAUUGGUCACAGUUUACCAACCAAGUUUUCGCCUAAAGAUUCCGUCUAUAUCGCUCGAAGGCUUCGACGACCUCGUCUCGUCUGACGAUGUAGGUCCCGCAAAGGGUGUCAAUACUCUCAUGCCCUUCAAGAUCGCUGGUCGUUUCGAUUCGAUAGAUUUCGAAAAUGGACCCAGCAGGAGUGCCAUCGAUGGUACUAUAUUUGGAUUCGUGGUACCAGCUUGGAUGAAAGCUAUCAGUGGACCGAGGAUCCACGCACAUUUCUUGGAUGCUAGCGAAGAGGUCGGGGGCAAGGUCACCGAUUUUACCAUGGCCGAAGAAGCGGUAUUGAGUUUUGCCAAGUGCGGAAGGUUCCACCUCGGUUUCCCGCAAGGUGGAGAAUGGGAGGAGAUGAAGCUGUGA